GCCUCAGUCAUGGGGGUGGACUGGAGAGCGUGGUGCGUCGCCUUGCUGCUCGCCUGUCUCUGGGCUCUCGGGGAAAGCGUGAGCUUGGCCCAGAGGAAGCAGGAGGCCAUGAAGACCGUCAUGGACUGCACUCGCGAGAUGAAGAAGAUGAUAAAACCAAAGGAUAUGAAGGACAUCAAGGCGAAGCGUUGUCCAAGCAGUGCGGACGCGAAGUGUAUAAUUGGCUGCGCACUCAUGAGGAUGAAAAUGCUCAAGAAGGACUACACGUUCGACCAGCCUACUUUAACGGACUUCAUAAUAAAGACGGACGGCCUCAAAGAGAAGGAGAAGCUCGUUGAUACUAUGAAACAAUGCGCCGAUAAGAUGGGCAAGCAGAAGAACGAGUGUUCAGCCGGUGGUAACGCCUGUAACUGCAUGAAGGAAUCGGGUGUUUUGAAGACGAUGCUGUAGAGAUAUCGUCUGAGUUAGGCUUUCAACCUCUUCACCGCUCAAGCAACUUAAUGGUUAUCUUGUUUUUAUUGUAGAAGGAUUCAUGCUUGUUAUCAAAAUAAAACUACCUAAUGUAUGAGUGAUUUUAUGUGUUCAAAUAAAACAACGCCACCUCU